AUGUGCGACUGUGCGAAAAUAUUAUUUGUGGUACCAUCAAAAGCAUACACCCAUCAAAUGUUCUUCAGACCAAUUUUAUUUGAGUUGCUAAAUCGGGGCCAUGAAAUUGUUUAUCUAACCACACAACCAAUAAACCAAUCAACGUUAACAAAUUUAACUGAAAUAAAUUUAGAAUUUACAAGGAAAUUAGAAUAUCCUGAUCAUAAACAUUUGAAUAUGUAUACAAAAAAUCAAUUUCCAUUCCUGUAUUACUUGAAAUAUAUGAUAGAAACUGGAAUAGAAAUAGCUUUUGAGCAUUCUGAAAUUCAAGAUCUGGUUUCAAAAAGGACCAAUUAUCAUUUUGAUAUCGUUGUAAUGGAAUGGCUUUCGUUUCCGUACGUAGCGUUUAGUAAGCUUUUUAAUUGUCCGGUAGUUGGAAUGCUAUCUUCGAUGAAUUCAUAUUUCUUGGAUUUCGAUAUGGGACUACCAAUGCCUAUUUUACAAAGUGUAGAUACGUUAUAUGCAUUUUCACAUCCUGAUAAAUCCAUCAAAAGACGUUUCUAUAAAGUCUUAACACAGUUAUGGUAUUACCCAAUUAGAACAGAAUUAAUAGAAUGGGAAAAGGGAAUUGCAAAGAAAUAUUUUGGUUUAGAAGCAACUGAAUACAUGGAAGCCAAAAAUAGUAUGAAGAUUUGUUUGGUUAACCAACAUCCAGCAUUUACGGGAUCCGUUAUUCAAUCACUAGGUGUUGUUAACAUUGUUGGUUUGCAUUAUAAACCAAGUAAUCCCUUACCCAAGAACUUACAAGAUUUUCUAGACAAUGCUCCACAAGGUGUGAUUUACUUAAGUUUUGGCACAACUGUUCAACCUCAUUCAUUUCGUCCAGAAGCUUUGAAAGUUUUAAUCGAAGUUUUAACGAAUUUACCGUAUAAAGUUUUAUGGAAAUGGAAUACUGAUUCUAUCUUCAAGGAAUAUCCAAAUAUCUUAGCCCAAAAAUGGUUUCCACAAAAUGAUGUUUUAAAUCAUCCAAAUGUCAAAUGUUUUAUAAACCAAGGUGGAAUACAUUCUAUAGAAGAAGCCAUUUUUGCUGAGGUGCCAUUGAUUCCAAUUAAUAUUUUUUCGGAUCAACACUUUUUGGCUCAUAGAAUUCAUAAACUUAAAAUUGGAAUUCAACAGCAAAUGGCAACAUUGAAUAUUAUUGAUUUACAAGACGCUAUUGUUAAUGUAAUAGAAGACCCGAUAUAUAAGGAAAAUAUAAAAAAACUAGCAAGUUUAUACAAAGAUCAAAUCAAUCCACCAUUGGAUACGGCAGUUUGGUGGAUUGAGCAUACCAUCCGCCAUAAUGGAACUGAAUAUAUGAAAAAUCCUUUAUUAGAUUAUUCAAUUAUUGAAUUUUAUAUGUUAGAUGUGCUAGCAAUAUGUUUAUGUGCGAAAAUAUUAUUUGUGGUACCAUCAAAAGCAUACACACAUCAAAUGUUCUUCAGACCAAUUUUAUUUGAGUUGCUAAAUCGUGGCCAUGAAAUUGUUUAUAUAACUACACACCCAAUAAAUCAACAAACAUUAUCAAAUUUAACCGAAAUAAAUUUAGAAUUAAAUAGAAAAUUAGAAAUUCCUGAUCAUAAACAUUUGAAUAUGUAUACAGAAAAUCAAGAACCGUUCCUGUAUUUCUUGAAAUAUAUGAUAGAAACUGGAAUAGAGAUAGCUUUUGAGCAUUCUGAAGUUCUAGAUCUGGUUUCAAACAGGACCAAUUAUCAUUUCGAUAUCGUUGUAAUGGAAUGGCUUACGGUUCCGUACGUAGCGUUUAGUAAGCUUUAUAAUUGUCCGGUAGUUGGAAUGUUAUCUAUGACGAAUUCAUUGUUCUUGGAUAUGGAUAUGGGACUACCAAUGCCUAUUUUACAAAGUGUAGAUACGUUAUAUGCAUUUUCACAUCCUGAUAAAUCCAUCAAAAGACGUUUCUAUAAAAUCUUAACGCAGUUAUGGUAUUACCCAAUUAGAACCGAAUACAUAGAAUGGGAAAAGGGAAUUGUAAAGAAAUAUUUUGGUUUAGAAGCUAUUGAAUACAUGGAGGCAAGAAAUAGUAUGAAGAUUUGUUUAGUUAACCAACAUCCAGCAUUUACGGGAUCCGUUAUUCAAUCACUAGGUGUUGUUAACAUUGCUGGUUUGCAUUAUAAACCAAUUAAUCCCUUACCCAAGAACUUACAAGAUUUUCUAGACAAUGCUUCACAAGGUGUGAUUUACUUAAGUUUUGGCACAAGUAUUCAACUUGAAUCAUUUCGUCCAGAAACUUUGAAAGUUUUAAUCGAAGUUUUAACGAAUUUACCGUACAAAGUUUUAUGGAGAUGGAAUACUGAUUCUAUCUUCAAAGAAUAUCCAAAUAUCUUAGCACAAAAAUGGUUUCCACAAAAUGAUGUUUUAAAUCAUCCAAAUGUCAAAUGUUUUAUAAACCAAGGUGGAGUACAUUCUAUAGAAGAAGCUAUUUUUGCUGAAGUGCCAUUGAUUCCCAUUAAUAUUUUUGCGGAUCAUCACUUUAUGGCUCAUAGAGUUCACGAGCUUAAAAUUGGAAUUCAACAGCAAAUGGCAACAUUAAAUAUUAUUGAAUUACAAGACGCUAUUGUUAAUGUAAUAAAUGAUCCGAUAUAUAAGGAAAAUAUAAAAAAACUAGCAAAUGUAUACAAAGAUCAAAUCAAUCCAUCGUUGGAUACGGCAAUUUGGUGGAUUGAGCAUACCAUCCGCCAUAAUGGAACUGAAUACAUGAAAAAUCCUUUAAAAGAUUAUUCAAUUAUUGAAUUUUAUAUGUUAGAUGUGCUAGCAAUAUGUUUAAGUAACAUUUGA